AUGUCUGGGAAACCCAAGCUGCACUACUUCAAUGGACGAGGCCGGAUGGAAUCAAUACGGUGGCUGCUAGCAGCAGCCGGGGUUGAGUUUGAAGAGAGUUUUCUGGAAACAAAGGAUGAUCUGACAAAAUUACAGAAGGAUGGAUCCCUGCUGUUUCAGCAAGUGCCAAUGGUGGAGAUCGAUGGGAUGAAGAUGGUGCAGACUAAAGCCAUCCUCAACUACAUAGCAGGGAAAUACAACCUCUAUGGGAAGGACGUGAAGGAGAGAGCCCUAAUUGAUAUGUACGCGGAAGGAACAGCAGAUCUUAAUGAGUUACUCAUGGGUUAUACUUUCCAACCAGCGGAUAAAAAGGAGCAACAUUUUGCUACUCUUGUGGACAAGGCCACAAACAGAUACUUCCCAGUCUAUGAGAAGGUUUUGAAAGACCAUGGACAAGACUUUCUCGUUGGCAACCAGUUUAGCAGGGCAGAUGUGCACUUACUUGAAACCCUUUUAAUGGCAGAAGAGUGCAAGCCCGAUAUACUUGCCAAAUUUCCUCUCUUGCAGAGUUUUAAAGCAAGAAUAAGCAAUAUCCCCACAAUAAAGAAAUUCCUGCAGCCUGGCAGCCAGAGGAAACAACCAAUACAAGAAAAAGAUAUACCGAAAGUGAUGAAAAUUUUCCACUGA